CUGGAAUGCUAAUUACUCACAUUAGCUUCAUAAUGUGUCAUACAUGGAGAAAAUGUGUAUUAUGUAACGAUUCCAUAUAUGGAUGGUUGAAAUUGACGUGAACAUUCACGUGAAUUGACAGGAAUUUCAGGCAACUGCAGGAGACGUGUAGAUAUCCUUCCAACAAACUGUUUGAGGGUCUGCACGGGAAACACGUGUACAGCAAUUGUACAGAGAGCCUAUUUCGGUCCAUAAUAUUAGAGAAAUCGACACAAGCGUGCGACCACUGCCUUCAAAGCAGUGUCUAUUUGCCCAAACCUGGAGAUCCCAAAUUCAAGGUCCAACCGCCCGCUUUCGAAGCCCGCAGCCGUUCUGGGGCUCCGGGGCUCAAUGUUCGUCCUCCCCCGUGCAGCGAACGCGGCGGGGGCGGCCAUGGCACGUGCGGGCCAUGCGCGGAAGAACCCCAUCCCGCAGACCGAACACUCCAUGUCAGGCCUUGGUCUCAGGAUGAAGCCGACCACGCGCUCGGGGCUUUGGAUCACGCUCAGUGCCUCGAUGGCCUUGGCCUUUCAGAGCUCCGUGGAUGCACUGCUCCCCAUGGCGCCGGGCGCCUCUGUGAUGGUCUUUUUUGCUCGGCCAGUGCUGGGGCUCGGGGUGAGUGCCCUGCUGCUCCCGCUCCUGGAGCGGUCGCCCACUAGCGCUGGCAGCAUCACAGCUUUGGGUUUGGCCAUGAGCGGUGCCCUGGCUUUGGUCCCACAGAGCUUCUGGUCCUACCACUGGGCAGCUUUGGCUGGUGCCUUCGUGAAGGUGCCCUUGCUUUGCAGCCUUUUACUAGGAGACCCCGCCUGGGCAGGCUGGCGGCUGGCAGGCGCCUUCUACGGCCUUCUGUUGGGACCCAUGGUGGCCACACUACACAUGCCAGAGGAGACCCUUCGGGUGCUGUUGGCGCUCUUCGCCUUCUCCUCGGCGGUCUUCCACUUUGCCGUGGCCAACGGGACGCUCCACGCAGAGAGGAAGAGUGACUUGCGCAGCCUCGUCUUGGCAACUCUGCCGGCCUCGGUCGCCCUCUCAGGCGUCGUCAUGGCUUGGUUGCUGCUCUCGGUGCAGUUGGCCUUGCUGCCGCUGCUGCAUGCACUCCAUGGGCAUCCUUUGGCGGAUCGGCCCCUGCCACUAGGCCUUGCCUUGCUGGUGUCCAGUUUUUGGCUUUGCCAUGCACCCUACCCAUGGAUGAAAAGCGGCCCCUGCUUGCCUUUGGCGCUUUGCGCGUCCUCAGCCAUUGCCGCCCUCUCCAUGCGUGGCGUGGCUCAAGCGAUUUCAGGCCACGAUGCCUGGCAGUUGACUGGCUACCGGCUGUUGAUGCAAUUGAGCCUUGGCCUCCUUCUGGUCACCACCGGCACAGCCCUUGGAAGGCUCACCAGUUUCUUGCCUUCUGCCUUCCUCGGCUGUGCCUUGGCAGCUGCAGCCUUCCUUGGAGAAGGAGUCGGCUUGGUGCUGCAGCUUUUGAUGCUUCCAGCCUUUGGCGCAUUGGGCACCAUGAAAGCCUUAGCGCUGCUGCCCUUGUGCUAUGCCUUCCUAGUGGUGCGGCACCUACCAAGUCCAGAGGCAGUGGAUGAUUUUCACGACUGCGACGGAGCUGAAUGACACGACGAAUCACACGCAUGAGACAUCAGCGAGCGAAGAAAGUCGCG